AUGACUGCCUGUUGGCCCCUUGUCAUCUUCUUCCACAUCAAUGAUGUGAGUGCAUACAAUGCAUUCGUGAUGUGGCGAGAGAUAAACAAAGACUGGAAUGGGGAGAAACUGAGCCAAAGGAUGAUUUUCCUGGAGCAGCUUGGUAAUGCACUGGAGAAACCUCAGAUUGAGAGAAGACCGUGCCUUCCAAGAGCAUCAACAGCUGCUGUAGCUGUUGUGAGAGACAUACAGACAGAAACAAACACCCAAAUUCCUCCAGUGGCACAAACAGCAGGCAAGAAGCGUGGUAGGUGCCAGGUAUGCCCCACCCUCAAUGACUCUAAGACUAGCAUGACCUGUUUGAAAUGCAAGAAAUGUGUCUGCAAGGAGCAUGCACACACUCUCUACACAUCCUGUAGAUGGGUAAGGUUUCCUGAACAAAUCACAAUCCUCAGAGGAAAUCACGAGAGUAGACAGAUCACACAAGUGUACGACUUCUAUGACGAGUGUCUAAGAAAAUAUGGAAAUGCCAACGUCUGGAAGAACUUCACAGACCUGUUUGACUAUCUGCCUCUCACUGCACUCGUAGAUAACCAGAUUUUCUGCCUCCAUGGAGGGUUGUCUCCUUCAAUAGACACGCUGGAACACAUCAGAGCGCUGGAUCGCCUGCAGGAGGUUCCACAUGAGGGUCCAAUGUGUGACUUGUUAUGGUCAGACCCAGAUGACCGCGGUGGUUGGGGAAUCUCACCCUGUGGUGCCGGUUAUACAUUCAGACAGGACAUUUCUGAGACUUUCAAUCAUGCAAAUGGCUUAACUUUGGUUUCCAGAGCCCACCAGCUGGUGAUGGAGGGAUAUAACUGGUGUCAUGAUCGCAAUGUAGUGACAAUCUUCAGUGCACCGAACGAUUGUUAUCGUUGUGGAAACCAGGCAGCCAUCAUGGAACUGGAUGACACAUUGAAAUACUCCUUCUUACAGUUUGACCCAGCACCACGCAGAGGAGAGCCCCACGUGACGAGACGUACGCCAGACUACUUCCUGUAAGGGACGAUGGCGGGAAUGGAAGCAAGCUGCACAAGAGAUGGGGACAAUCAGUCUUAAGCAAAGUGUUUGCCAUAUUUAGAAUGAAAUCCAGACUUUCAUAUCUAUCUAAACACCACUAAUGCUCCCAAUUCUUUAGCAAACUGUGCAUGUUUUAACUGCAAAGAAUAACUGUCACUUUAAACAGUACUGUUACAACACCUGCUGGUUUGUCAAGACAUACUUAUUCAUCUUAAGGUUUUUAAAGACCUUAAUAAUGAACAAAGUGUUUGUUCAUAAAAAUCUUAUAAGAUACAUCUUUCAUUGGGCAUGACCUCAA